UCCCCAUUAGGUCAAAUUUCAAACUCCUCCAGAAGACUCACAUUAGUCAUGUCGUUGUUCUCGUCUCUCACGCCAGUAUUCGUGGCGGUUUUGUGUGUGAUUAUUGGUUUUAUCUUCAAAAACUCCCAGAAGAAAGACAAGACCAAACCAAAGGAGAACUCUUCGUACGGGGCAAAGGUGAGACCAUGGGUGGACGAGGACCUGCAAGAUGAUACAGAAAUCAACAGCAAAGAAAACGAGGAUGACAAUGAUUGGACAGAAAGUGAAAAUGAAGACAAUUUAACUCAUAUCCCAUACAUCCCACCCCGAUACGCCGCUGGUGAGAUGCUUGAACGUUCUGAAAAGUUCUACUCACUAAUGAAUCUCAGACGAUCCGUCCGGUUCAUCAGUCCAGAACCGGUACCCAGAGAGGUCAUCAACAAUGUAAUACGUGCUGCAGGCACUGCUCCCAGUGGAGCUCAUACUGAGCCCUGGACAUUUGUAGUGGUGUCUGAUGCAGAUGUCAAACACAAGAUCAGAGAGAUUGUCGAGGAAGAAGAGGAGAUCAACUACAAACAAAGGAUGGGAGACAACUGGGUCCAUGACCUGAAGAGACUUAGGACUAACUGGGUGAAGGAGUAUUUGGACAUCGCCCCAUAUCUGAUUCUUAUAUUUAAGCAGACAUAUGGAGUUCUGCCCAAUGGCAAGAAGAAAACUCACUAUUAUAAUGAAAUCAGUGUGUCUAUCUCCUGUGGUAUCCUAUUGGCUGCUUUGCAGCAUGUUGGACUGGUCACUGUGACAACAACUCCCCUAAACUGCGGCCCCCAGCUCAGGUCCCUCCUCCAGCGACCAGCCAAUGAGAAGCUUCUGAUGUUACUUCCUGUUGGCUAUCCUGCAUCUGAUGCCACAGUGCCUGACCUCAAACGCAAGGAUCUUAAUGAUAUUAUGGUGUCUGUUUAAUUCCUGUGUAUUACCAAACUUACAUAAAGUAAAACUUUGUACACCUUCAAAUAUUGGACCAAAUGUUAUAUUUGAACACUUUAUUUUGAACACUUUUUACUACAUAUCAGUACAACAAUUGUUUACCAAUGCACAAACAGAUGACAGGGCCUACACUGCAAAAAAUUACCUAGAACAAUAAGUAUAGUUUUUAGACAAAAAAUAUAAGAUGUAAAAAGCGAAUUUCUAGCAAAAAAAUCCGCCAAUGGUUUAAAAAAAAUUCUUGAAAUAAGUGUUUAUAAAAAAAGUUAACUUAUUUCAAGAUAUUUUUUCUUACCCUAUUGGCAGAUUUAUUUAUUUUUUGCUUGUUUUAAGCAUUUAUUUUAGUGCUGGGCAAAGAUUAAUCGCGAUUAAUCGCAUACAAAAUAAAAGUGAUUUUUGGCAUAAUAUA